GUUUAACAAAAAGGUGUUUAUGUACAUUCCGCAUUCAAUCCUGCCGUAAAAGUCAAAGCUGUGGCUAUGUGGACUUCUGCUCGACUCACUUUUCGUCGUGCAGUACACGGUUGCUCCUCUCUAUCAAGACUGUGCACUUCAUCGCAUCAAAUAUUGCUUUCAUGCAAAAGAAAACCGACCUUACCUUUGGCUCUUUUGACAACUAUAACGCCAUGUUGAACAUGGAACUUCCACCAAUAACACCUUCAAACGAGCCGACCGUGACAGCAAUCCUAGACCCUCCCCACCCGGAAUUUUCAACGUGCCCUCGCUAUGGCUCUGUGCACCUCAUGGCCUUGAAUUUGGAAACACGAACCGUGCUGUCCAAGUUCGACCGGAAUGGAGACGGAGACAUCGACCCGUCUGAGCUUGAAGAGGUCGUUGACGAGCUUGUCAAGUCCCAGUUUAAAAGCAGGCUCUUCAUGGCUGGAAUGAUAAUGGUGAUUUUCAGCCUGGUGCUGCUCCUUGGCUCGGGGUUUGGGUUGACUUGGGCAGUGGUGCUCGCACACAAGGACACCACGAUCAACGACAAGUUCGUGCUGCUGUCCUCCAGCACCAACAAACCCGUGCAAGCCACCGACGCAAACUACACUGUGGCCCCCUCCGGCUUGCUGCUGUCGCGCAGCAGCGCCGGUACGGUGGCCACCGGAGCCUACUACGCGCAACGCAUGCUCAACUCCAGCAUGACGUCAGAGGAGCUCACCUACCUCGCUCGUGUCUGUGUGCUGGGUGCCAACGGAGCGGAACUGGGUCUGCGUGUGACGGGCUACAAGCUGCUGUCCGGCUCGCCCGCGCAGCUGCAUGUGCACACCCCCAGCGGCACGCUGGUGCUGACGGGCAGCAAAGUGGACAACAGCACGGUGCCGGCCAACCUACUGGACCCCAGCAUCACACGCUGGAUAGGACCCCAGAAGGACCCCAGGAGCGCAGCGCCACCAGCAUCCAAGAAGCUUUCCUUGGACGCUGGUAAGGUCAUCCAGCAGUAAGAUUCUGUUUUCGCUCCGGUAGGGCAAUGUCGGUGGUGUGCGGCUGGGCGCUACCCCCAAACAUGCUGUCGCCAUGUAACCAAGGCAGCAUGCUGGGACGCUGCUGCUGGGUGUGUUGACGGGUAGCUGGAAUGCCGAGGAGAGGGGUUUCACGGCUUCAUUCGUUGGUUUGUAUACGUUGCGUGACGUAGGAGGGUCCGCAGGUGGGUGCCUUCGUUUAGACCACACCCAGAAGGACCCAUCAUCAUCUGGGUCAGCGACCACGUUUUGGGUGCUUGUUACCGAUGCUAGGAGCGGUGCUUGACGCGGCAGGUGGUGGCGGCUUAUUUGAAAGAACACUAAUGAACUUGCUCAGCGGGCUGAGUAAGGCUGAUGCGGUGUUAUGAUCCCGCGUGAGCGAUGACGGCUCAAGAGAAGGCCAACGUGUUUCAUGCGGGACACAGCAAUGAUGCUCCGCACACACGACAGCAAAUCUGACCUGCCAAUGCCAAAGGGAUUCCCGUACUUAGAUUCCAGCCCCGUCGGUGUAUGUCGUACGCCCGUGGCCGGAGCCACGGGUAUAGCCAUGUGGGCAGGCGCCUUCCCUGCGGGUCCUUGUUGUCGUACUGGGAUGGCAGGAUGGUGCCUCAGGUUGGCUGUCGCCCUGCCAGAAUAAGUUGGGUGGCAUGACCUCAUAUGUGUAGUUGCGACUCAUCCAGAGAGUGUGUCUACUUGCGCGCGCGUUCUUUCGAAAUUGUCUUUGCACUGCUAAUAAUGCUCUAUGUGAUCCUUCAUAUAUUCAGUUGUUCAAGUUGGCUGGGAGGUGGGGGGGCCUGGGUGUUUCGAUGUGCGGCCCUGUCGGGCUGUUAUGGCAGGGCGGCGGAGCUACUUGCUUGCUGAGAAGAGAACAGGUUUGAUGGAUUCCCGAAUUGUCGAUGAGAUUUCCCAGGGUGUCAUUUCGUGUCCUCCCCCCGCGCACGCAUAGUUUGCCAAUUUUUGAGACAUAUGUGGCUUUCGGCUUUGGUGGUGGUGUAUCGCCGAAAGCAGCCCCCAAUUUUCGUUUAGCGUGUAGGGUUUUGAGGAAAACGGCGGUGUUUUGUUGUUAUUGUUAGGUUGGCACAAUUUUAGGCUGCAUUCCUGGCUUGCUUUGAUCCACGAUCCACAAAAACACAUGCCAUUAAAAUUGAGUAUUCAUGGACGCGCCCCAUCCGGCAUGCAGCAGUUGUAUCCUCCGUCCUGCCGGCUAGAGCCGUGUUCUGACAGCCGCUGUGGCCUGCUGUCAGCGGUCGAGGGGUCGACUGUACCGGUAUUAGGAAUUGCCCAGGGAAUCCUUGACGUUGCCUGCUGGGUGUGCUGACGCUGCGUGUGAGGUGUCUUGCACGUUUGGCUGACAGUUCAUACGCAUGUAUGCUGCCGCCUGGGGCAGAGGGAGUUGUGUGCUUUGGCUGCGUUCAGGCUAUGUAGUAGUAUGCUGUGUGUACUGCGUUGGGAGCCCUCCCCGCCCUCCUGCUUUAUCACUGGGGGGAUCUACGCACCGGCCUUCCUGGCUUGCCGGUGCAGGUGGGGGCUCGUACUGUGCGCAUCAUCGCAUGGUGCGUUGUACCAUUGUAAAAGUAUGUAACAGGUCGUGGGCAG